AUGUUGGUUUUCCCGUGGCGCGGCUCAAAUAAUCUUUACGUAUCAUCACGCAGUCAAACUGAUUGGAGAGAAUAUUUCUAAAAAUGUGAAUAAUAUAGAUGCAAUGUAUAUUAUUUUUGGCAUUUAUUGUAGAGCGCAAUACUACAGCUCUUGUAUGCUGAAAUCAGUUUGUGGAAUUAUCUGAAACACAUGUUUACGUUGACGGAAAAACACUUGACCAGACUCCCCGUAGCGAUUACUUCCCCUUACGGUACAUCAAAUUAUAAUGAACACAAGGGAAGGUAACCGCUUUGAGGAACUUGCACUUUGACACGGAGAAUAAGCAUGCAAGGGAGGCCACUGUAUUUAACUAAUCAAACCCAGAGAACGUUGGUAUUGAUUAGCUACGGACAGAAUACUGCAAACCGAGGGUUGAGAGAAGUUUUGCGUUCAACCUUCGAAACGAAUUCAACAAAAUUCUGAUUGGAAAAGUAAUUUCGUAAAGCAGAUAAAAGUAUACAACGUAUCGUUGUACCUGUAUCUGGCAAGUAUAGCCUUUCAGAAACACACACAUUUUUCGAGAGAAACAAUUAGAAAUACUUAAAAAAUAAUGUUAUUUCGCAAACGUUAAACACCGAACUCGCCUAUGACCAUUACAGCAAAAAUUUCUUCUCCCCGGUAGUUUUCUGAAAUAUUUUAAUUUUUCUCUUUCUGACUUAACAAUAUUACAACUACAUUCCUGCCUUGUGUAUUUAACUCCUACUGCAUGCAGCUUCCAUCCAAUUUAAAUGGAACUUACAAUACAUCAUCAGCAUGUGGUAGACAUGUGCAUAUUAUGGGAACGUUUGUGUCUAAUAUUUUAUCUUAGUUAUUCCCCCUUUUUUAAACGUAUACUGUUACAAUGUGUACUCAUCUCUUACAGUUUCCAUUCAGUUCAAAUAUCAUUUUUAAGCGUUUAAGAGGAUAUGUGCAUGUGGUUGGUCGUGAAAGUCAUGUCCAGUUUGUUUUACAUCUGCAGUUAGCCCCUUAGUUGACUAGUAAUAAUUUUGUCAAUUAUGUUCAGGUUGGGGUGGGGUGGCAUAUGUCAUACAAUGUUGACAUUUUUUAAUUACAUUCAAUGAUUCGGUACUAUUUUGGUUAUAUUAUAUAACAGGGUCAUCUGACUAUUAAACCGAAUCUACAAGUGUCUGUUUGAACAGCACGGGUAUCAUGGACGGUUUGGAAACCAGUAAGACUGAUGGAUCAGGAGAACAAACAACAAGUUAUACUACCACAGCCAUCAACUCUCCUGCAGCGUCAUGCAAAGCAAGGAGAAACUGGCAGCUAGCUCGGCGUCAUUUAAUCGACAAGGUAACAUUGUUGGAGACGACAAUACAGAGAUAUAGGACCCAGGUAGCCUCCUCCUCGGCCACCAUUACAGCCAAAGAUAUUGUCAUUUCCAGACUACAGAAAGAAACGACUGAACUGCGAGAUAAACUCGAGUUGAAGGAUAAGAAAAUUGAGAAGUUGGAAUCACAGUUAGCCAUAUCUGCGGAAGAUAAGGCAAGCAGCGAGAGAAAAUUGGAAAUGCUUCUAGAGGAAUUACAAAAUAUUGACUUGAAUGCUACAGCAAAACUGUUGUGCAGUCCGGAGAAAACACCGAAAAGUGAUUCACAGAACAAACGAAAACUCCUGAAAAAGGAGAAUCCAGUUUUCUCGUUUUUAGCAAAUCAUGUUAGUUACAAACACGAAAAACACGAUAAGAAAAACAGUACCUUAUCUCCUAGACUCUUGUUGGGAAGGACAUUGAGGGAUAAGGAAAACGCAAGAAGUCGGCCAAAUACGCCUGAAAUUGAUAAACCGGAAGACUACCGGUCACAGAGCGAAACUUAUGCUAGUGAAUCUGAGAAACAUGAUGAUGCGGAGGCACAAAGUGACACGGAUACUGCAGAGGAGUACUCAGAUGAUUUAGGAAGCAAAGCUUGUGCUAUUAUGUGAAAAACGUUUUUUCAAAACAAAGAAAUAUUUUUUUCAUAUAUGCUCAAUUUCCUUGCAGAAAAAAAUGUUCAUCAAAUAUACAGAUUGCACGUUCAUAUUACAACAAAGUCUAAAAUAUUUAAAUGCAGACUCAAAUUUAUCAACUGGUAUAAAACUUAAGAGUAUGUAAUUGACAACA